AUGACGGAUGUCAGUUGUGUACUGGACGUACGGGCCGAGUUGGGGGAAGGUCCGACGUGGAGCCGGGAAGAGCGACGGUUGUAUUGGGUGAACAUUAACGGGCACACGGUCAACCGAUUCGAUCCGGCCACCGGCGACAACGACGUGUGCCAAUUGCCCGAGCAGGUUGGUUCCUUCGUGCUUCGUGAGCAGGGCGGCUUGGUGGUGGCGCUGCGCUCAGGCUUCCAUUUUCUCGAUUUCGACACCGCCGCGCUCACCCCAAUUGUCGACCCGGAGGCAGACAAGCCGGACAAUCGGUUUAACGACGGACGUUGCGGACCCGAUGGACGAUUCUGGGCCGGCACCAUGCGCGACCCCCAAGACCCGGCGCAGCGUACCGGGGCGCUGUAUUGCCUCGACACGGACCUGAACUGGCGCACCAUGGUGCCCGACAUCGGUGUCAGCAACGGCUUGGCCUUCAGCCCCGACGGCGGCACGAUGUAUCACGCGGACACGAGGCAGGAGACCAUCUGGGCGUUUGAUUUCCACGCUGAGGACGGAACCCUCAGCAACCGCCGGGUGUUCGCCACCACGCACGACCUGCCCGGCCGUCCCGACGGCGGUUGUGUGGACGCUGAAGGAUUUUACUGGUCAGCAAACGUCGGUGGCUGGCAAAUGGUGCGCUUCGCCCCCGACGGAAGCGUGGACCGGACGCUGAAACUGCCGGUGCAGAAGCCGACCAUGCCCGCCUUCGGGGGCGAAAAUCUGGAGAUCAUGUACAUCACCAGCAUCGGUUCCGACGGCAGUGCGCCCCUGCAGCCCGGACAGCCGCAGGCCGGCAGCAUCUUCGCUUGUGAACCCGGCAUGCGCGGCCUGCCGGAACCGAAAUUCCUCGGUUAG